AUGGAUCGAGCAAACCCACUGUUGGGUGUUUUGUUUUGUCUAUUAUAUGGGUUAGUUUAUCAAGUAACACUUUACUUGUUUCCUUUACCCUUCCAUUUCUUAGAAUUUUUUAAGAUUCAGUAUGUUCAAAAAGUCAUGACAUAUAUUUUAUUGUUGAUUCCUCCUUGUUUGAUGUUAGCGUGUAGCAUCAGGUAUAAAAACAAACUAUCGAAUCAUGUCAUCCACUUUUUGAUAUCGGGAAAAAAUGAUAUCACAUUUGAUUGCAUUUCUAGUUGGUUUCAAGUGGGUCGACACCUAUUUUACAAAGAAGAUUUAGCCCUAGUUGUUUUCAUAUCAAACGUAUUCUUCAUCUCCAUCAUCUUUCUAGACCAAUUUGUUCAAAGGGAAGAUAUCGACAGAACCAAAGCCAUCAUGUUGGUGAAGAAAAUUGUCAAGAGAUGCAUCUACGGUUUUUUUCUUAUACUAUACCUCGGACGGAUGUUGAAAACGGACUAUCUCCCUUUUCCUUUGCCCGGAUGUAUAAUCCCUCUCAUCCCGGCCAUUAUGGGUGGUUGCCUUAUAGUAUUUUGCUAUAAUGAUGAAGAUCUUGCCCCUAUGAUUCCGGUCGACCUGUCUCAGGUCGACCAGCGACGGGACGAACCGGUCAACGAGAUACGGGACGAACCGGUCAACGAGAUAUGGGCCGACGAGAUACGGGUCAACCAGAGUCAGGUCAAUCUGAGACGGGUCAACCAGAUACGGGACGAACCGGUCAACGAGAUACGGGCCGACGAGAUACCGGUCGACUACGAGAAACGACCACACGAAGAAUAG